AUGAGGCUAUCAUCAUCGACAUUUUCUCUUGUUGUUAUUGUAAUUAUUUCGUUGUUGUUAUCGCGGCCAUAUUCAUCGGAUGGUGCAGUUAAGUGCAAAGAAAUAGCUCAACGUAUUAAACCUUGCAUAGAUUGGAUGUCAAUUGGGUACAAAAGUACUGGCGUUGUUCCAAAGACUUGUUGCAAUGAAAUGUUUAGGCUUAAUGGCAUGGGAGUAAACCGUGAAGCAGAAUUAGCAAUCUGUGAAUGUUUUAAAUCUGAAAUGCAAGAUUUGAACAUCGACGAUAAAGUAUCUAUAUCAAUUUCUGGACGUUGUGGAGUCCUCUUGCCCUUCCCUAUCGUCCCAAACGUCAAUUGUUCUGAGUAA